AUCACAUGGAAAAUAUUUAUGGCUACUUGAUGAAAUACACCAACCUUGUCACUGGCUGGCAAUAUAGAUUUUUUGUGUUAAACAACGAUGCUGGCCUGCUGGAGUACUUUGUGAAUGAGCAGUCCAGGCACCUAAAGCCCAGGGGUACGCUGCAGCUGGCUGGGGCUGUGAUUUCUCCCAGUGAUGAAGACUCUCACACCUUUACAGUCAAUGCUGCCAGUGGGGAGCAGUAUAAACUGAGAGCUACUGAUGCUAAAGAACGGCAACACUGGGUGAGCAGGCUGCAGAUUUGCACUCAGCAUCACACGGAGGCUAUUGGAAAGAACAACCCUCCUCUGAAAUCUCGUAGCUUCUCUCUCGCAUCCCAAGGAAGUGCCAACUCUCCUGGUGUGCAAAGAAGACUCAGUCAAAAUGCAGUUUCCUUUUUCAGUGUUGGACAUCACAGAUUGCCAACUGGAAGAAGAGUUCCUAUUGUGCAGCCAGAUCACCUUGUAGAUGUUAGAGAGAUGAUGUCUCAGGCUGAGGGUCAGCAGAGAGACUUGAUCAGGAGCAUAGAAUGCCUUCCUGUCUCUGGUCACCUUACCUCCUUGGAUCAAGACCUGUUAAUGCUCAAAGCAACUUCCAUGGCAACCAUGAACUGCUUAAAUGACUGUUUCCAUAUUCUCCAGUUACAACAUGCUUCUCAACAAAAGGGAUCCUUACCAGCAGGAACGACGAUCAGCUGGUUGGAACCGAAGAUAUCCCUGGCAAACCACUUCAAAAAUGGAGCAGCUCAGAAUUUCCCAGCGGAGAUAAACAAACCAGCAUCUGUCAGAGAGGAGCACUCCGUUGCAGAGCCCUGCCAGCUAACAAGGGAACCUGAAGAAAUAAAUCCAGAUGAGGAGCUGGAGGAUGCCUGUGAUGAUAAAGAAGACGAUCUAGGAGCGGUGGAGGAUCAGCGCAGUGUUAUCUUGCAUCUUUUAUCUCAGCUGAAACUCGGCAUGGACUUAACAAGAGUGGUUCUUCCCACUUUUAUUUUGGAGAAGCGGUCGCUGCUUGAGAUGUACGCGGACUUCAUGUCCCACCCCGACCUCUUCAUCGCGGUGACGGACGGCCUGACGCCCGAAGAGCGGAUGAUCCGCUUCGUGGAGUAUUACCUCACCUCCUUCCACGAGGGCCGCAAGGGAGCCAUAGCCAAGAAGCCCUACAACCCCAUCAUUGGGGAGACCUUCCACUGCUCCUGGACGGUGCCCAGGAGUGACAUAGCCACUGGCGCUGGCAGUAACUCGUCCGCUCGCUCCCCCUCGGAGCAAGGAACUCCCUCUAAAGAUACAGAAGGCCAAACAGGGCUGGACUGCUAUACAGUAAAAUUUGUAGCUGAGCAAGUGUCCCACCAUCCUCCUGUCUCAGGGUUUUACGCUGAAUGUGUAGAGAGAAAGAUGUGUGUCAAUGCCCAUGUCUGGACAAAAAGUAAAUUCUUAGGAAUGUCAAUAGGAGUGACAAUGAUUGGUGAGGGUCUCUUAAGCCUCUUGGAACACGGGGAAGAAUACACGUUCUCUCUGCCCUGUGCGUACGCUCGGUCCAUUUUGACUGUUCCCUGGGUGGAGCUGGGAGGAAAAGUCAGCAUUAACUGUGCGAAGACCGGGUACUCUGCAAGCAUCAACUUCCACACCAAGCCCUUCUACGGAGGCAAGCUGCACCGAGUCACAGGUGAAGUGAAGCAGAACACGACAAACAUGGUGGUGUGCAGAGUGCAAGGGGAGUGGAACAGUCUGCUGGAGUUCACCUACAGCAACGGGGAGACAAAGUGUGUGGACUUGACAAAGCUGUCUGUGACAAGAAAACGAGUCCGGCCCCUUGAGAAACAAGGACCAUUUGAAUCUAGGAGGCUGUGGCAGCAUGUAACAGAGUCUCUGCGGGAUGGAGACAUCAAUAAGGCUACGGAGCACAAGCGAGCCCUUGAGGAACGACAGAGGAAUGAAGAGAGGCUUCGUGCUGAAACAGAAACACCUUGGUGUACUAAAUACUUCCUUAAAGAAGGAGAUGUCUGGGUUUAUCAUAAACCCCUCUGGAAAACAGUCUCUGCUGUGCAAACUCAGCAAACGGACACCAACUAGAAAAGCUGCUUUAAGAUGAGUUUUCUGAUUUUUCCUCUCCUUUUCCUCUGUCUCUCAAAACACAAUAAUCACACUGAGUGUCCCCUUUUUAUAUAGUUAUGAACGUUUAAAUGAACAUAAAGAAAUAAAUAUACUAGGUCACUUUAAAGCUAUUAAAAAAGAAAAAAGAAAAAAAAUCAAAGUUGUAGAGACAGACUUGCCAGGUACAUUCAACCAAUUUGUUUUUUGUAUGAUCCAAAA